AUGUACAAAAUAUAACCUAACUAAUAAACGUCAAAAAUGUUGCAAAAAAUUAUGAACAAGACAGUUAUUUUUGCUUUAAAAGAGUGUCGUGCUGUAAGUACAAACGCAGUAAGAGUAAAGCUACGAGAACAGAAUAAAGCAAAUGCUUGGCAAGUGCAUUCUUAUGGGGACGUAAGUGAGCUCCAAUUUGGAAAGAUUCGUAUUCCACAAAUCCGGCAAUCGGACGAAGUUUUAGUUAAUGUGGAAGCGGCUUCUCUGAAUCCAAUAGAUAACUUAAUGCUAGGUGGUUAUGGAAGGACAUUGUUUCAAAUUCCUCGAAAAUUUGAAAUGGAACUUCCCCUAGUAUUAGGGCGUGAUUUUUGUGGGACUAUUAUUUAUAAAGGUCAUGAUGUUGGCAGCUCAUUUAGUGUUGGAGAUAAAGUUUUUGGUUUUAUACCCAUUCAUAAGCAAGGCAGUUUUUCUGAAGUUGUAGUUGCCAAUAAAGCACACAUUUGUAAGAAACCUAAAGGUUUGAAUGAAGCCGAAAGUGCGUCUUUGGUCUAUGCAACAAUGACAGCAUGGUCUGCACUUUUUCUUUUUGGCAAUUUGUUGGUGAAAGGUGCUAGAGGUACCCGGGUCUUAAUUUUGGGGGCUUCUGGAGGCGUAGGCACGGCAGCUGUACAGUUAUUAAAGUCCCAAGACUCCAUUGUGUAUGGGUCUUGUUCAACUGAUGCUGUGCCGCUGGUUAGGUCUUUAGGUGCCGAUUGCGUUUUUGAUUACAAAGAUCCAGAUUAUUUAAAAAAUGUUGAGACUGGAGGAUAUUAUCACAUCAUACUUGACUGUGCGAAAUUUGGCUAUGAAAAUGUACCAAAAACGUGGAAAUUCGGAACAUAUAUUACACUAAACUCGCCCUUACUUUUAAAUACAGAUAGAUAUGGGUUAAUAGGGGGGUUAUUAAAUAGCGCUGCGACUUUUUUGACUCAUAAUUUUAAACCACCUGKUGAAAAAAGAUGUCUCAUGUGGGGUUUUUUUGUGCCUUCUGGCAGCGGAUUUCAAUUUAUUAAUAAAUUAAUUAAGAAUGGACAAAUCACACCUAUGAUUCAUAAGCAGUUUAAAUUUGAAAAUUUACCAGAAGCUUUCCAGGAACUGAAUAAGGGACAUUUGAGAGGAAAAAUUGUUAUUACUUUGUAGAUAUAAAAAAUAAAAUUAAAACUGUUUCAUUGUUUUUGAGUAUUAGGUAAUAAUUCAUUCAAAAAUUUGUAUAACAAUAUCAAAGCUUUAUUUUAAAUAAAUACACUAAGCAAAAAUACAACAAAAAUU